CAGACGGGGAAGUGGACGAGGAGAGCUGGCAGCGGAGCGGCAGAGCAGUCCAAUGCACGCGCUGUCGGGACUCCUUCUGGCGCCAAGCGCGCGCGGUUGGGAGACAGAGGCGCGUGAUGAGUCGAACCGGUGCGGCUCCUCGAGACCUUUCCGGAACAUCACCUCUACCACCACCACCACCAUCACCAUCACCAUCAACAAGUGUGACUGUCAUGUUGUGUUUCAUGAGAAGACAUUAAAAGAGCCACAUUUGGAGAUAUGAAUCAUUUCACUCGGGUAUUGAAUAAGUUCCCCGCGUGCCGUUUAGGAACUUUCCUGUUAUUUUCUUUAUUCCCUCGCGGAAAUGUGGACGCCUUGAAGUAGCUGACUGUACUUAAGAAAAAAAAAAAACAAUGUUGUUUUAUUAUUUACUUCCAGAGAGGUUCAGCCUUCUUCCAACGAUGAUACAGAUGUGAUAGGAGCAAACUACUGCUGCACUAUCUACGACGCUGGAUAAAAAAGUAGCUAUUAAUACAUUCCAGGAUAAAACUCUUUCCCAUGUACAAUAUGACAUGUUGAUUCCAGUGUCGCUUGCCCUGCUCCUAACUCUCUGAAGCUUUCAGCGUCCUCACAAAUUAAACCUGAGAUUACACUUCCCUGCUGCAAUCUGCUCAGUGAGCUGCUCAGUUUUUGGACGAGCACUUUGGAAAUUUAAUUCAAAAGAUUAUAUGAAACUCUAUCAAAUCAAUUUUGAAGGAUCAUCUCAAGAUAAGCUCUUAUGUUUGUGUGAAUGAACUGAUAAUUUUGACAGCUAAUGAAGCUGCAAUCAUCACCAUUUAAUGCUGGGAAAUAGGUGAAACUAUGAUUGCUUUUGCCUGACAGGACUUGUGGGAGGUCGCUGCUGAAUAUGCCCAGGAAAUCCCCUAUCUUUGAUGGCUUUGCCCUCUUAUGGGGCUUGCUCUUUGGAUUAUUCAUUGCAGGUGCACCAGUGAUGGCUUGUCCCACAAGCUGUCACUGUAUAGAGAAGAGUGGCAUGACCGUGGUCCAAUGUAUGUCUCGCAACUUGGAGAAGAUCCCAUCAGAUCUUCCAAGAGAUACUGUUGUCCUGCUUUUGGCAUCCAACCACAUCAAGCACAUCCCCAACCACGCCUUCAAAGAACUGCACUACCUUCAAGAGCUGGACCUGUCUAACAAUGACAUUGAAACUGUGGACGUUGGAGCUUUUCAAGGUGUUUCUGACAGCCUCCUUGUCCUGGAUCUAGCAAACAAUCGCAUCCAAAGUGUCCCCAAAGAGGCUUUUGCCCGUCUCCGAGCAAAAAUCAGUCUGUCAAACAACCCGUGGCACUGUGAGUGUACGCUGCAGGAGGUCCUGAGGGAGCUGCGGCUGGACCCCGAGACAGUGAACGAGGUGAUCUGCCACACAGCGGUGCAGGAGGAAUACGCAGGCAAACCGGUAAUCCAGGUGCUGGACUCAGGGAUCAACUUCUGCAACUUUCACCACAAGACCACCGAUGUAGCCAUGUUUGUCACCAUGUUCGGAUGGUUCACCAUGGUGAUUGCAUACGUCAUCUACUAUGUGAGACACAAUCAGGAGGAUGCUAGGAGGCAUCUGGAGUACCUCAAGUCACUUCCCAGCAGCUCUCAGAUCAGCAAGGACUUUGACACCAUCAGCACUGUUCUCUAGCAGGGCCAUAUGCAGCUCUGGAGCUGUGGUGUGUGUGCCUCUGUAUCUGUAAAUAUGUGAGUAAAUGUGUGGUCAUGUACAAAAUGACUAAAAAGCUGUUGCAACACAUAAUCACCAGUGUUUGUGAGCACAUUCUUUGGGGUCUUUCAGCGACUAAAAUGCAUCAUUUUGAUUUUUUGAUUUGUUCAGCCUCAUAAAUGAUAUCUUUUGUAUUAUUCCAAAACAUUUAUUUUGAUUUUAUUAAAUACGAGUAAGUCUGACUCUGCAGUGACAGCACAAAAUACUCAUAUUUCCAUGAGAGAUGAUAGAUCUAGACUGGAGAGAUAAAUGUUCCCACUCUGGUGUUGAUCCAUAGUGUGAUUGAAUUUGGACUGAGAUAAAUGAGGAGGAGGACUGCAUCUCUCUGUUACUUUGUAUCUAUGUAUUGAUUUAUGUUCUUUAUGUCACACUGUCAAGGUAAAGGGCAUUGUACGAGACUUUGGCUUAUAUAUGAAAUAGGGCAAGGUGUUAACAUUCAGUUUGCAUAACACGUGCAUAACAGCCCUGCUUCCAAAAAAACCUUACACAUAAAACUCCUUACCCGCGAAGUAACGUUACUCUGUGCAACCACUGCACCGUGUCAUGUUAAAGACUAAAUGUAUUCAAACAAGGAAAACUGCCAUACACUUGCAGCUCUGAUGUGUUUUUGGUAUAUCCCAAAAACGAUCUAAACAAGCAUUUCAGCAUGUCAUGCCAAGGUUAUGAAGAGAAGGAAUGUUAACAUGUCUCCUUUAUUACCAGGCAAUACCAGGCACACACCUUCCAAAUCAUCAUUCAGUCCGAUUGGCUGAGUCAACUCCUGCCAGGAGACGUGUUCGAAACACAGAUAAGAAAGUUACACAAGCCAUGCGAAUGUAUCUGAAUGACCCCUGUGCAUGUUCGCCUGCGUGCAGCAAGCAUAAUUCCAGCCUCAAUGUGUGGGCAGCAAAAACAAAAUUAAUGAUCUUAAAAGAGGCUGAAAAGCUCAUAGUUGAGUGACAACUCUCUUUGAUCCCUUUUACAUUACAAAGUCUUUUGAUUCAAUAUUAAAGCCCUAUGUGAUAACCUGAUACAAUGGCGGUACCCUGAAGAAGGUUAGAAAUCACAACUGCGGUCUCUUGUGAAUUUCCUGGUGGUUUGAGAAACGCAUGCAAAAACAUAUAUGGUAAUUAUAUUGUUGUUGUUUUUAAAAAUUAUUUUUGUUCAUUAUAAACAAAACCACUUCCUUUGUAGGACUACACUUUUGCACUGGGGUAUUACCCAGUACACCACAGACAGAAGUUCAGUUCAGCUAAAUGUUUUAUUACAUCUAGGAGGAGUCAAUUACAGCACAGUAAUAAAAAAAACAAGUCAUCAUGAAGAACUUUAAUAUAAAAAGCAUUGAUUAAUGCAGCUUUGUAUACUGAUAAUUUAGUUAGCAAUUUUUGGGGUCCAAAAAUGUAUUUCUGUUGAAUGUCAACAUUCAGAAUUGUCAAAUACUACGUCAUUUCUGUUAUUUGGGAACCACAGACGCAAACCACAAAUAGCUGAAUUAACAUACCACAGCCAUUACGACUAUUGAUUUGAUUGUAGUAUAACUCUGUUUGUUUGGACACAAACUCAAUAGUUUUUAAAUUACGUGUGGGUUACUUUGUUGAUCAAGAGUUGAUUGUGUCCAAGUGCCUACUCUCUGGGACUUCUACACCAUAGCACUGUGCACAAAGUUGGACAAAUGAGUGUCAAGUCCUCUCCCUGUCCACCCUCGCCAUUGCAGAACUCAGAGUCAGUUACAAUGUAUGCCUGGCCAGUUUCUGUGUAGGGCUGGGGACCUGAGUCAUAAAGGUGUUAAAGCUCAAUUCCCCAGAUGGGUGGAUUUUUCCAAAAAAAGGACAAGAACAAGUGCCAGAAGACAAUGACAGAAAAGUUAAUGUAUGCUUUUCUGUAAUUGACAACUUACUGUACUAGUCCUCAUGUGGUGAUUCCCACUCAUCUAGUAGUUCAAGCAGGUUAGAAUAAACACAGUUACUAAUACCUGAUCUACUCUAGGUAGAGACUUGUUUUUAAUUUUGCAUACUGUAUUUACAUGUGACAAAAUAGUCUUUUUUAUACUACUGUAGGUGUAUUUGUUACAGAAGUGUCUGUCUGUUUUGACCUGUCUUCUAACAGUGUUUGUGCUGGCCAAUGUGUAUACAAAUUUUACAAUUUAAAGUAAUGCACAUGCCAUCUGUGUUGUUAUUUUGUAAAAUAUGUCUUUAGCUAAACCCAUAUCAAAGUGUUUGGAUGUCUUUGAGAACUCAAUCGGUCAGUGUCUUUUCUUCAUCUAAGAAUUGGUCUAUGAGCUGUGUGAUGGAAAUAAAAGGGCUCCAAUCGUUUUGUUUUCUCACCUUGUCUAUCUGUUGCAGUAAUUACUGUAUGUUUGUUUUGUUUUCUGGAUUUCAAUAGACACCUUACCAGCAUUUGAAAAUAAAAAUUAUUUUCCAAGACA